AUGGCGCCAAAAGACCAGGAAUUUCACAAGACAGGCUCAGGAGCCAAGGUCGUGAAAACACCACAUUGGUCUUUUGGAAAACUUAAGGAUGAGCAGAAGCCAAAUCCUUCCGCCUCGGAGCAGCAGGAUGAACAUUGUGUUCAACCUCCUGAAGAUGGUUCGUGGGAUUCUGGAUAUCAAGAGGGCACAUUCGAGGUACGUCCAGUAGAAAGCGACGGAAAAGAAAGUUCAUCGUCUCGGGAAGACGCCGAAUAUUCAGAUCCGGGAGAUCCCUGGGAAGACUACGAGAACGAGUCUUCUCAAACAAGCGACUCUAGUACGGAAGAAUCCAGGUCCACAAUGUCCGACGAUCAACCGCCCUUUCCAUUCUUGGAACUCCCUCCCGAAGGGGAGGGUGGGACUCAUUCACGGAUUUUGAAUCCAGACCUAGGGAUCUCUCGAUCUUUAGGGCUAAUAGGCAAAUCUGGAGAGAAGCGUUUCGUGAACUUCAAAAGAUUUAUAAGACUGAAGGUCGAUGGUUGGUAG